UCCAUCACAAGUUGCUCCCCACAUUCCGCGCUUGCCCUAAAGAAAUCGAAACGAGCCCCACCCGCAAGGCCACACACCAAGAAGCGCAGCUAUGGCGGCCGCCGGGGACGGUGAGGCCGCGCCGCUGGCGCCAGAGGAGGGCGCGACGCAUGGAGGCGGCGUGAUCGCGAAGCUGGAGGAGCAGUGGAGGAAGACGAAGGAGCACGCGGAGACCUACCCCUACGUGUGGGGCUCCUACAUCCUCGUCUACGGCGGCCUCGGCGCCUACCUCACCUGGCGCUGGCGGAAGCUCCGCCGCACCGAGGACCGCGUCCGCGUCCUCCAGGAACGCCUCCGCAAGCUCGCCGCCGCCGAGGAGUCGCAGAUUGCUUCCUCUUCCACUGCCCCGACCCCUUCCCCGCCGCAGCAGCCGGCGGCCGGGCCCGCCAAGCCCGUUUCCGGCCCGUGACGGAGUAAGCCUCUCAUUGCCAAUUUCUUGACGUGACGGGGUACAAGAUUCAGAGCAAUUUCCCCAUCGUUUGAGCUGGCGGCUGUCCUUGGUUUCUUGUCUGGUAGGUGAUCCUAGAUCAGAAGUAGAGGAAGAUAUAAUAUAAAGUGCUGAGACUUUGGUGAUUCUCUGUUUGUACUUGAAUCAUUCGGGAGAAGCUUAAAAUUUUGUGGAUCAUGUAUGAUCUUCCCCACGAAGGAUUUGAAUUUAUUGUUAACAUCACCAAAACCCAUCUUAGUGAACAUGCUACGUCGAA